GGAGCCUUGAUGCCGGAGGGGAUAGUGGUAGGUGGGGAGGUUGAGUGCAAAGGGUUCAGGCUGUAAAUCAUGUUGGGUUGGAAUGGGGGCACAGGAAGGUGGGGCUGUUGGGGAGCCACGCUAAGCCGGGUGUCUGUAGCGGAGCCAGAGAACCGGGACACUGAAGAGGGUGCUGAAGGGGGCGACUCUCAGGGAUCGGGCCAGGGCCCCCGAAGGUGGGAUCGACCAGGGUAGGAGGCAGAAAAAAAAAGGAGAGCAGCGGGUGGGGGCGAAAGCAGGGCCGGGGAGAGAGCACUUUGGACAGAACCCGGCGGGGAAAGGGCGGCGCCGAGGCUGGUCAGGGGCGCCCCGCAGCGUCCCAGGCGCACCUGUUGGGAAGAAAGGAAGGGGCUUCCCGGUGUUCGAGGGAAAUCCAGUCCGGAGGGGCUGACUCGGAGCUUGGGACUCCUGGGGAACCACCGCGUCCUCCCCAGCGGCGGUCAAAACCGGGCAAGCGAAGGGGCGUGACCCUGGUGCUCAGGUUUCUUCCUCCUCACCUGGGCAAGGAGGGGUGGGGGCCACGACUUCCGGUUCAGGGUCGCCGAGAGCGCCCGGAGGGAACCGCCUGGCCUUCGGGGACCACCGCUUUUGUCUGGAACCAGCCUCCCGGCGUAUCCUACUCCCUCUGCCGCGAGGCCAUCGCUUCACUGGAGGGGUCGAUUUGUGUGUAGUUUGGUGACAAGAUUUGCAUUCACCUGGCCCAAACCCUUUUUGUCUCUUUGGGUGACCGGAAAACUCCACCUCAAGUUUUCUUUUGUGGGGCUGCCCCCCAAGUGUCGUUUGUUUUACUGUAGGGUCUCCCGCCCGCCGCCUCCAGUGUUUUCUGAGGGCGGAAAUGGCCAAUUCGGGCCUGCAGUUGCUGGGCUUCUCCAUGGCCCUGCUGGGCUGGGUGGGUCUGGUGGCCUGCACCGCCAUCCCGCAGUGGCAGAUGAGCUCCUAUGCGGGUGACAACAUCAUCACGGCCCAGGCCAUGUACAAGGGGCUGUGGAUGGACUGCGUCACGCAGAGCACGGGGAUGAUGAGCUGCAAAAUGUACGACUCGGUGCUCGCCCUGUCCGCGGCCUUGCAGGCCACUCGAGCCCUAAUGGUGGUCUCCCUGGUGCUGGGCUUCCUGGCCAUGUUUGUGGCCACGAUGGGCAUGAAGUGCACGCGCUGUGGGGGAGACGACAAAGUGAAGAAGGCCCGUAUAGCCAUGGGUGGAGGCAUAAUUUUCAUCGUGGCAGGUCUUGCCGCCUUGGUAGCUUGCUCCUGGUAUGGCCAUCAGAUUGUCACAGACUUUUAUAACCCUUUGAUCCCUACCAACAUUAAGUAUGAGUUUGGCCCUGCCAUCUUUAUUGGCUGGGCAGGGUCUGCCCUAGUCAUCCUGGGAGGUGCACUGCUCUCCUGUUCCUGUCCUGGGAAUGAGAGCAAGGCUGGGUACCGUGCACCCCGCUCUUACCCUAAGUCCAACUCUUCCAAGGAGUAUGUGUGACCUGGGAUCUCCUCGCCCCAGCCUGACAGGCUAUGGGAGUGUCUAGAUGCCUGAAACGGCCGGGGCUGAGCUCAGCCUGUGGGCAGGGUGCCGGACAAAGGCCUCCUGGUGACUCUGUCCCUGCACUCCAUGUAUAGUCCUCUUGGGUUGGGGGGUGGGGCUGUUGGUGGGAGAGACAAAAAGAGGGAGAGUGUGCUUUUUGUACAGUAAUAAAAAAUAAGUAUUGGGAAGCA